AGGCAUCAAUUUCCCGUUCGGCUAGCAUUUACAUCGACUAUUAAUAAAAGUCAAGAGGAAAUAUUUCAUCGACGCGAUGUAAUGUUAAGCGGAGAUUUAUUUACACAUGGACAGCUAUAUGUUGCAAUAAAGAGAGUCGGGAAUCCAAGAGAUUUACUAAUAUAC